UGUCAGUUGUCUAUGAUAUUUUGACAUUAGCAAGCUUCAUACCGACGCGUCACCGUCGGAAUUUAUUUAAUUUUGUAAUUAAUAAUUAGUGACAAAAGAAAAUUGUGAUAAGUGUGAUUUUAUACACAACUUGGUGAUAAUACUAGUGUUAAGAUUUGUUAUGUUAUUGUUGCACAGUGGAAAACCUAACGAGCUUACCCUGCCUGCAGUGCGUGCCAAGAGCCCCAGAGUCCCAGCAUUAUAGAUUGAGUGGAGUGUCCCCUGUGUCCGCCCACACGUAGUCCCGUACGCAGCCAAAAUUCCGCGAGACACUUCGGACACCUCCUCCAGCAUGGAACUGGAGAAAGCCCCCAACCUCCACGAGGAAGACUCCAAAGUUACCCUCACUAUCAGACUGAUUAUGCAGGGGAAGGAAGUCGGCAGUAUUAUUGGAAAGAAAGGAGAGAUUGUUAAAAGAUUUAGGGAAGAGUCUGGAGCCAAAAUCAACAUAUCUGAUGGAUCAUGCCCAGAGCGCAUUGUCACAGUCACCGGCAAUACUAGCGCCAUUUUUAAAGCCUUCACACUCAUUUGCAAGAAAUUCGAAGAGUGGUGCUCUCAGUUCAAUGAAAGCGGCGGCGGCGGGUCGCGGUCACCCAUCACUCUGCGGCUCAUCGUUCCGGCCUCACAGUGCGGCUCGCUCAUCGGCAAGGGCGGCUCCAAGAUCAAGGAGAUCCGUGACGUCACUGGAGCCAAUAUACAGGUGGCGAGCGAAAUGUUGCCAAACUCCACAGAGAGGGCGGUGACGAUCAGCGGCACAUGCGACGCAAUUACACAAUGCAUUUAUCACAUCUGUUGUGUCAUGCUAGAGAGCCCACCGAAAGGAGCCACGAUCCCAUACAGGCCGAAACCAAACGUAGCGGGCCCGGUCAUCCUAGCCGGCGGCCAGGCUUACACCAUCCAGGGCAACUACGCCGUGCCAGCGCAAGAUGCGGUGUGCGCGCCCGUGUUCCCCCUGCUGGAGGUGAAGCCGCCCCUCGUGGGCGCUCUGCCCCCGCACCACUUGCUGCCGCCGCCGCUGCACGAACACCACCUUAUGGGUGGGCUAGCUAAAUCGCCAUUGGCUGGACUUGCGGCGCUAGGACUUGGAGGCUUGGGACCAGCAAACACUGGUGGACUUAACCCAGCAGCGGCCCUCGCUGCACUGGCCGGCUCACAGCUGCGCACGUCCAACCAGUCGCGUAAUCAGCCCGCCACCAACCAGCAGUCGCACGAAAUGACCGUGCCCAACGAGCUCAUCGGCUGCAUCAUUGGAAAGGGUGGCACCAAAAUCGCUGAGAUCCGUCAAAUAUCUGGCGCGAUGAUCCGGAUAUCGAACUGCGAGGAGCGGGAGGGUGGCAGCACUGACCGCACCAUCACCAUUUCUGGCAACCCCGACUCCGUCGCGCUCGCCCAGUAUCUCAUCAACAUGAGGAUCACGAUGGAGACUGCAGGGCUGCCGCUGCCGGGCUACCACUACAUCGCGCCCAACCACAUCGUGAAGGCGCCGAUCCAUUGAAUGGGGCUCCGCGGCCAGACUUCCGGCGUUGCGUUCAAAGUCACCGAACGAGCAUACUUCGUACAGCCGCAAUACGGGACUCUGGCUCCGAUAUAUUUCUUCAAGUGAAUAUCGAGACCAAACAAUCUCUACGAGAUGGGAAGCAAACACUAGAUAUCGUGCUGAGCGUAUGUUUACAUUUGUUACGAGUUUAUAAGUAUUUUAGAUAUUCUUAUAUUUAUUCUCCACUGUAUUUAAUUAAUUGGGAUAGGAAUAAUGUGGCAUAAGAUGAAUCUUGGGAAUUUGAGAACUGAAUAUGUUAUUUCGGAGAAAUUAAUGGCAAAGGUUUAAAACGACUGACAAUUUAAAAUUUUCUAUAAAUCUGUGUGCGGUGAACGUGUGUCGGUUACGUGGACGAUUAUUGUGAAUGGCUGCGUUGUGGCUGAGGUUGGUUUCGUGUCGUUCACCGCCCCCGGGUUUGUGAAUUAUAACAAAGUAUGCAACAGGAGAUAGCUAAGCUGAUCGAAUUUACUAUGGAUUUAAGCGGUCGAGUUAUUCAAUUAUCAAUUGGAUUUGUUUUCCACGGAGAUCAGUAAUGACCAGACAGAAAUGUUCAAAAUAAGAUAGUCGAGAGUCGGCGUAUAGGUAGGUGUAGAUGCGUUACAAUCGACCUCGGAACCGCUGACGUAGCGUAGUGUUAGAUUAGCGAACAGAGUGAGAGGGUUAAAGACAAUAUUUGUAAAUAAAUAAUCGUAAUAACCUGGAAAAUUAGGUAUUACAGUAAUAGUUGCGUCGGACGACGCGGCGAUACGAAACCGAUGGGAUCAAAUCCUUUAAGAAUCUUACAUUAAAAGCGGAGACAGAUGAGAAGAGAACAUUUCAGUAUAUCAUUUACAAUCGUCUAAUAUCACACAAAAGACGUUAGGUAUAUAAAAAUAGUGUUGCUAAAUGUGAUAGUCCUCUAUAAUUUAUUUUACAUUUGAACUAUAAGAUCUCUAACAUACAUUAUACACAAUGUGUACAUCGGCUACUGAAAAUUUUAAGUCGAGUAAAUAAUAUUGGUCUAGGGAUCAAAGCCAAAGAUUGUUGAAGUUUGUUUAACACUAAUAAUGUUGUGGAUUUAUGCUAAAUUAUUCUGAGAGUAGUUAAUGUUUAGUGAUGUAACGUAGAACAGUUUGUUUGAAUUAUUUUAUUACCCUCUCCAGACUGCUCAUUGUAUUUUUAGUCUUAGAUCAAAAUAUAGAUAGUCCUGUGGUAAUCUAAAUAUUUCCAAAAAAAACUUAAAAAAACAUAGGUUAACGUAGAAUAAGAUAACUCUAGGACCACUGUAUUAAAUGCUUUCCAGAAAACAAUAUUUACUUGGAGAAAACCAGUGCCACGAUUACUAACAACUGUGCCAAAACGGUUCACGUUCUAUAUCGUAACAAUAAGGCGUAUUAUUUUAUGCGGUAUAUUAAAUGUCAUUUACUUGUAUAAUAAUAAUGGUGUCAAAUAAUAACUCGCAAGCGUACUUGCGAGCUAUAAUAAUAGUGAAGUAAUCCACUGAUUUAUUAUUAAUUUUGCACCCUAGAUAUAAGAAUCACAACUAGAAUUACAAAUUAUUCUCGGAACAUAUCCCUAUUACAUAUUUUCCCCAAGUCUUCCCUUUCUAAUCUUAUUAAUGAUUAUUAAAGAUUAAAUGAUGAUUGUGCCAAAGUUGUGUCUAAAUUUAUGCAUGGAUUUGAUAAGGCAGCAUGGUAUUUGUUUGAAGUAUUAUUUUAUAGACAUUGUCGAAUUAUGCUAGUCAAAUUGUUCUGAAAAAUAAAAGACAAAUAAUGAAAUUUUACAAUUAUAUAAUUAUGCUAGUCAAAAUUUAUUUCAAUCGGUAUGUUUACGUUUUGUACAAAAGUUAGAAAGUUUAUUUAUUUUUGUUCGUAUGUGUCAAAGUUUUAACUAUUUUAUGUGGUCUCGCUAAAUUAAAAUUAGCAAUAAAUUUUGAUAAAAUCAAUUAUUUAUAGUAUAAUAAAUUGCAAUUAAGACAAUGUAUAGAGCUUUUGUAAAUUAAGUACCACACAGGUAUAAAUAGAGUUAAUCUAUAGGAGUAAAGAGAAAUUUGAGUAGUAGCUCGUUACUAAAGAGAAGAGAGUUCAUAGCUGUGAUUAAAGUUGGGAGGGCACUUUUGUGCUAUUGCUACCGGAUAGUUGCGAGCGGCGCGUAGGAUAGUGCACGCUUCGUAGGCGGCGCGCACGUGAUACGUCGGGAUAGCGAUUUAUAUUUUGUAUUGCAUGCAAAAGGCAAUUGUAACGCAAAUACUGUCUCUAAUGACUAUUAGUUUAUUGGUGUUGUCAAUGAAUAUUAAAUUUAGUACAAUGCAAUUUUAAUAUUAGUGAAUAAAAUACGUUUAUUUGUCACGUGUAGGUGUUAUGUUCGGUUAUAAUAUUAAUCAGCAAUCAUUAUUAUAAUAAUCUUUAUUAUACUCAUAUUUAGUAGUUAUUAUGAUUCAAUAUUGUUAAUGUUAUUUUGAUUUGCUCAAUUUUCUGAAUGUUUACGUAAGCUAGGCUUUUAAAAUGUUUAGUUUGUUUUGUUGAUCUAUUAGAAUUGGAUAUAUUGAUAUCUGCGCAUCGUGUGCUUUUUCUUUUAUUAGGAAAUACAAUUAUUUUUGUGACAACAACAGUCGAGCUGUCAAUUUAAUGUUUAUACGGUGUGACGGUACGCAAUAUUUGGAUGCUUUAUUAAUAAUUACUUUGAUUACUGAUGUACCUUGUAGUGUUAAAGUAAUUCGUAACUAUAAAAUUGGCAGAAACUUUUCAAACCGUUUCAAUAGCGUCAAGUCCGAGUAUGGUUUGUCGUUAUUCUGUUACUUUCUUCUUCUCUUCUUUCACUAGUUUCCUUCAACAUUGGAUGCGCUUAAAAACGUAGGGACACUACACUUUAAUGUCGGUGCCUUUUGUUUAUAGAUUUCGCUGUUUCUUUAAUCAGUAAGAUAUGUGUAUGUUUAUUCAGCGUUAUAACUUACUUAUAUUUAGCCUUUAUUGACAGGGUCUGACUGCGUUGUAUAAUAGUGUAAUUAUUAAAUUCAAUUUAGCAAAUAUUUAUGAAUGUAAUAGGAAAUUUGUUUUCUUUAGAAUUUUCGUGUUAGCACCUGAAUUUAAUAUCUAUCUUAAUGCACUAUUUUGGAAUAUCCCUCUUUGAAUUAAUGGCUAGUAUGAGAUCAAACGAACAUCAAGCAUCUGGGUUUCAUUGCUCUCAACCUAUAAGAUUGUGAAAUAUACGAAAAAAUUUAAACGCGCAUUGUGAAUAAAUGAUAUUUUGCUAUCUUCGUAAUUAUAUCUACAUAAUAUAUUCACAUACAGGUUCGAGACGAAUGGGUAAAAAGGGUUGUGUAAUUUGUUAUGCAUAUACAAUAUUCAAAAAUAUAUUUGCUUCAGUCCCACUAAGCACACUAAAAGUAUAUUAGAACUACGAGACGUUCAUCCUUAAUCAUAAUGCCGUAGUACCAGGGUAAAUACGAUAUUAUUUCACAAUUAGUUAUCACAAUUAUACCUAUAGUUCAAAUCAAUGUAUUCUGAACGCUUAUAAAAUUGAGUAUAUUUUAAACUGUUCAAAACUAUAAGCUGAAAUAACAAUAAAACUCGUAUUAAUUAUUAAAUUAUAUCAUUAUUCUAUCACAUAUUAUAAAAUAACAAUGUAAAACUAAAUUUCUUAAAAUUUUAUGGCAUUAUUACGCGUAUAAUAAGCGACUAUGCCAUCACAAUUCGUGGGUAUAUAAUGAGAUGAUUUUGAUCUGAAUAUAAUUCUCAUUUUGGUUUUCAUUAUAUCAUUUUAGUGUUAAUGUAAUAUUAAUUAUUGACUGAGUAUAGUUAAGAAUAAGGAAUAUCAAAAAUACAACCAAAUCUCAGGUGUUUCACUGCUGCAAUUUCAAUAAGCAUUUAAUUUUUUAUUCAUGAUCAUUAGAAAGUGUCUAAUAAAAAUAAUAUUUCUACUUUUAUCACAAGUAAAAAAAUAAGCACUUUACUUAUAAAUGUUGUUUAACAAUAACAAAAUGUAUAAAAUAUAUCCAAAAACUAUUGCACUUCUCCAUUCACGAAAGGGGAUCGAUAGGAACAUCCGCCUACUUCAUGUCAUGCACAUAAACAUCGAUUAUAAGUAAAGCAUUCGCAUCAAUGUUUUCACCGUACUUCACGAGAAUACAUUAACGUUUUGCGAGAUAAAACGCAAGGACGGACUUACGCUAAAAUAUCUAGUUUAAAAUAGCAUAAUUAUGUUUACACAGGUUCGAUGUUUCGGAGGACCGCAUAUAUAAAUUGUGACGGAAAGACUUGAAGAAUUGAUAUUUGGAAUAAGGGCUUCUUCAAAUUAAAUAGGUGUCACUGUACUAGUGCGGCUGACGCGCAUCUCUGUGGCGCUUUUGAAUUUUUUACGACGUUUGGUCUCAGAAUUUGGUUAUGCCCAUGUAUUCUGUGCAUGUGUGAUACAGUGGCGUCUUGAUAUUGUAUGAAAAUUGGCAUCACUUGCAAUUGGCAGUGUUGCCACUACAGUCUCUUCGCGCCAUUUAAUUUGAAGGCGCCCUAUAUAAGCAAAGGAA